AUGUCAGAAAACAACGCCAAAAAACGAGGGAGAAAACGGUCCAUUAUCAAGCCUCCAAGUAAAAAGCUCAAGCUCGAAGCCUCUCCUCCUAAAGAUCAAUCAAUUUUCCCCAUAAAUCCCAUAAUUUCCUUUGAUUUCCUAAAAAGUAAAAACAACCUCAAAGAUGAGCUCUUACAAGAUUAUCAAGAACUACACUCCUCCUUCACCACAAAUUGCUCCUUUCAUCAGAGCAAGACCGUAAUUAAAAAUAUUGCCAAAAUUAUUGAAUCCCAGUUUGAAAUAGAUGGUCAAUCUUUGAUUGACAUACUGAAUGCAAUUCAAAAUGAUUUGGCUAUGAGUGACUUUGAAUUACUGGCAUGGGCUGCAAUUCUUGAAAGGAUCAACGCUAAAGAAUUUUUAAUUCCAAUCAGAAAUUUACUGACUCCCCCCCCCUCCGUGAGUGAACAAAACCAUUGGAAAAAUCGCUAUUUUUUGCGCAAAAAACCCACCCUCCAUGAGUGAACAAAAAUUUUGAUAUAUAACUAGUUCUGUUUAAUUUUAAACAAAUUGCUUUUAAAACAUAAAUUUUACAAAUUAAAUUAAUAUUUGUUUUCGAUUUUUACAAAUUCGGAUGUUUUUAAAUUUGGAAAAAAAGUUUUUAUAAAAAAAUUAACCCCCAUCCAUGAGCGAACAAGAUUUUUUUGUUCACUCACGGAGUGGGAGAGUGAGCAAUUUUGCAUUUGUUGCAAAAAGUUCUUUAAACGACGGCAUGGAGCCUUUCCAAGCUUUCAUGGUUUCAAAGAGACCAAACUUUGUAGAAGAAUACAAUGAAUGAAUUAAAACAGUUAAGCAUUCAUUCUCAAUCAAUUUAAGAGAUAUUAACCAGAAAUACAAAGAGCUGUGAAAGACAAGAGAUGAUAGUCCUGCAGAAAGUAUUUCAACCAGCUAUUCUAUUUAUGUAGAUGAUGAACUCAAUUCAGCCUCUCCUUAUGAUCAUGAUAUACUGGCAAACGAAAACGGAGAGAAUCGAAGUUUAAGGGAAGAUCCAGUAACACCGAAAAAAACGCCGGAUUUUCCACAGUUCGAAAAGUCUGAAAGUUUAAGUGCGGAGAAUGAGUAUUAUUAUUAUAAGUCUGAUCGACUUUCUCCCUUUUUUACUUUUGAAAACCCUGAAAAUAAAGCUGACAGUGACUCGUCAUCAUUACUGAGUGCAGAAUAA